AUGACCGCUGCUGCUGCUUCCACCAACGGCGCUUCGGCGUCCGUAGACAAGGUCGCCGACCAGCUCGCUCAGACCAACCUCCCCGCCACCAACGGCAACUCCAACGGCCACACCAACGGCCACGCCAACGGCGACAACGACGACGACGGCGACGACAACGACGACGACGAUGACGAGGACGACGAGGACGACGCAGGUGCCGCCGCUGCUACCGGUGCCGCCAAGAAGAAGAAGAAGAACAAGAAGAAGAAGAAGAAGUCCAAGGCCAAGCUCACCCAGACCGUGCCUCCGCGUGUCGGCCUCACCAAGAUCUUCACCAACGGCAAGUUCCCCGUGGGCGAGAUCCAGCAGUACGACACCUCCAAGUUCAGCGAGGAGAGGAAGCGCGUCACCGACGAGGAGCUGCGCGAACGCGAGCGAAUCGUCCAGCAGGAGGACGGCUUCGACUACAACAUCAUCCGCCGUGCCGCCGAGGUGCAUCGCCAGGUGCGUCAGUACGCCCAGGCCACCAUCAAGCCGGGCAUGUCGAUGAUCGAGAUCGCCGAGCUCGUCGAGGAUGGCACGCGUGCACUCGUCGAGGCCGAGGGCUUCGAGUCGGGCAUCGGCUUCCCCACCGGUGUCUCGGUCAACGAGUGUGCCGCCCACUACACGCCCAACGCGGGCGACAAGCGCGUGCUGCAGGCCACCGACGUGCUCAAGGUCGACUUUGGCGUGCACGUCAAGGGUCGCAUCGUCGACUCGGCGUUUACGCUCAACUUUGAGCCGACCUGGGACCCGUUGCUGGCGGCGGUCAAGGCGGCCACCAACGCUGGUGUCAAGGAGGCGGGCAUCGAUGCGCGCCUGGGCGAGAUCGGCGCGGCGAUCCAGGAGGUGAUGGAGUCGCACGAGUUCGAGGCCAACGGCAAGAUGCACCAGGUCAAGUGCGUGCAGAACCUCAACGGCCACAGCAUCGAGCGCUACUCGAUCCACGGCGGCAAGUCGGUGCCCAUCGUCGCCAUGCCCGACCUCGACGUCAAGAUGGAGGAGGGCGAGUACUACGCCAUCGAGACGUUCGGCUCUACGGGUCGCGGAUACGUGAUCGACCAGGGCGAGUGCUCGCACUAUGCGAGAAAGGCACGUAUGCCCAAGUCGAUCCCCAUCCGUGUUCACUCGGCACACGGCCUGCUGCGCACCAUCAACAAGCACUUUGACUCGCUCCCCUUCUGCAGGCGCUACCUCGACCGCGUCGGCGAAAAGAACUACCUGCUCGGCCUCAAGCACCUCGUCUCGCUCGGCGUCGUCCAGGACUACCCGCCCCUGUGCGAUGUGGCCGACGCCAUGACCGCGCAGUACGAACACACUAUCCUCCUCCGUCCCACGUGCAAGGAGGUCGUGUCGCGCGGCACCGACUACUAG